GGGAACGUUUGUUUGGGUGGAACAUUUUAUUCCGGUCAUGUGUUCCCAGGCUCAUUGUUUACGUUGUGCACACAGUGUGUGGUGGGCGGACGAGGUGUGAUCGGUGUGUUCUCCUCAGAUGUGUCCGCGAUCCCCGGUGACAGUUGUACAGAAUGGCGUUUGCUGACUUGAGAAAGGAGCUGAGCUGCUCCAUCUGCCUGAGCCUCUAUACGGAGCCGGUGUCCCUGAGAUGUGGGCACAGCUUCUGCCGGGAUUGUAUCAUCAGCGUUCUGGAUACACAGAAGGGUUCCGGAGUAUACACCUGUCCAGAGUGCCGGGCGAAGUAUCCGGUGCGCCCCCUGCUGGAGAAGAACAGGAAGCUGUGCAACAUUGCAAAGCACUUUCUUGAUACCCAAUCCCAGCUGGAAGGCUCGGGGGUCUCGUGUACGUACUGCCUUCACGCUCCCAUCCCCGCCGCUAAGACUUGCCUGCAGUGCGAGACCUCCCUAUGUGACACCCACCUGGGCAUCCACAACAAGACCGUGGAACACACCCUGAUCGACCCCACCAGCUCCCUGGACAGCUGGAAGUGUCUGAUCCACAAAAAGAACUUGGAAUUCCUUUGCUGCGACGACGGCGCGUACAUCUGCGUGUACUGCUCCGCCAUCGGCUCGCACAAGGGCCACGCGCUGAAGUCGCUGGACGAGGUGGUGAGGGUGAAGGAGAAACUGAGGAAACUCCUGGAGAAGCAGUCCUCCAAGAAGGAGGAGACGGAGAAAAAUCUGGAGAGCCUGCAAGACCUUCGGAGGAAGGUGCAGGAGAAGACCAGCGUGUUGACCGAGCGCAUCGCCGAGCUGUUCACCGACAUCCGGAAGCAGCUGGAGUGCCUGGAGAAGAGGUUCCUGACUCAGCUCUCUAGGCAUGAGAAGCAGAGCUUGCUCUCCGUCUCCGAUCUGAUCCGGCAGCUGGAGACGCAGAAGGACGAGCUGUGCAGGAAGAUGCAACACAUCGAGGAGCUCUUCAACAUGACGGAUCCCAUCACCGUCCUACAAGACCAGGACUUGGACGCCGAGGACGCGGCCAAGACCGACAAAGAUUCCGAAGCCAUCACCCAAGACAUUCGCAAGAUCCGCUCCUCCAGCGAACUGAAGGAGCGCCUGGUGUCCGUCUCCUUGCACGCCUGCUUCUCCGACGUCAUGUCCGCCGUCAAGAGAGGGCUUUACGACCCCAAGACCUCCGACAUCUUGCUCGAUUUAGACACGGCUUGCCGAAAAGUGUCGGUGACCGGAGAUCUGAAGUCGGCCUCCUGGUCGGAGACGCCGCUGAGCUACCCCGAGAACGCCAAGCGCUUCACCACGUUCCCCCAGGUCAUGAGCAGCAAAGGUUUCAGCACGGGGAAGCAUUACUGGGAGGUGGAAACCAGCCAGUCGGAAGACUGGUGGGUGGGCGUGGCCUAUCCCAGCAUUUACCGCGCCGGUAAGGAGUCCAGGAUCGGGGAGAACAACAAGUCCUGGAGCCUGAGGACGUACGACAACCACUACUCCGUGACUCACAACUCAAGGUCGCGUCAGCUGCAGACUAAGAUCCCCAUCCAGAAACUGGGGAUAUAUUUGGAUUACGAAGGCGGCCAUCUGUCCUUCUACCAGCUGUGUGACGUUGUCAGGCACCUCCACACCUUCAGGGCCACCUUCACCGAGCCCCUCCACGCCGCUUUCUUCGUGUGGAACGAGGGUUGGAUCAGGCUGAGGAGCUAAAGAAACCGAGAGUUUUCCCGAGGACUUUCCACCCAAGUGACACUAAACCUUAAAUAAUCCAUCCCCAUCCACUACUUAACUUAUUAUUAAUUUAUUGUUUCUUACCGUGUUUUCUGCUUCUUUGUAACAUCCUCUGUGAGCUCCCUCUCCCUUUUUUCUGCUCCUUUUCUGUUUGGAACGAGCCGUGCACGUUGUGGUCACGUGCACUGCUCUACGCACUCUACACAUCCAUAGUCCAUCUCGGGUGGCUACACACUUGGGACCAUGGAGAAUGAAUGUAGCCACCCCCUUAACAGAUCACAGCAGCAAAAAAAAAAGAAAGAAAAAGUUGGAAUUUAGAGGAGGCCGAGCAAUAGGAGGAACUUUUCUGAAUUUUAGAAUUCAUACUUGAAUCGAUAAUUUUUUUUUUUUUAAUAGUGUCGCUGUAUUUGGAGAAGUUUUUUGCGAUCAAUGCAGUAUACAAACAUUGCCGUUUUCACCAAGAGCUUUUUCCACGUUUAUUGCCCCCUUUUUUCUAAACCUCCCCCCCCACAACAAGUUUUCCCCGCUUGUCCCCUUUUUUUUGUCUGUUACAAAGAAAAAAAAAAAAAAAAAAGUCUUCGUGUUUUUUGAAGAAACAGCAAAAAAGCUUUUUUCAGCCGUGUAUUUUUCUGUGUCUGUGAACCAUCUCUCCACAUUAUAUCUCCCUCUAUUCCCUUUCCCCGGUACAGCAUGGAUCGUCCAUCUAGGUGUCACAGCGUGCGUAAAACUUGACUCUUCCUGAAGCAAUACCCCCCCUCUCCCUCCAUGGGACGUGGAGCAGCGGCAUGGCCUGUGAUGGCCAGUAGGAUUAAAGGCUGGGGAUCAAAGCCAAAGACCUAUAUUAUAAAAGAGACUUUGGAAGGUAUGCCGAGAAAUCAGGGAAAAGGAGGUUGAAGGGUUGUUUUUUCCCUUUAGACGACUCAUUCGUAUUCUAUGAAAUUGUGUGCAAUCGAUAUAUUUGUCCGGAGGGUCACUUCACUAAAGCAUAAGGCCUCUUUCACACGGGACGGAUCCGUGAUGAUCCGCACCGUGAGUCUCCGCUUGCUCAGUGGGGAUCACUCCGUUGGUCCCCGUUGAGCCGCCGGAUGACAGGGCGAUCCCUGCUCACAGUGCAGGGACAGCCCUGUCAGAUAUCCGCUCUCCCCUAUGGGCGGAUCGGAUGAACACGGACUGUCUGUCCGUGUUCACCCCGAUCCGCAGACGGAUGGAAAAAUAGGGUUUAUCUCUGUCUGCAGAAUCGGAUGAUUUGCAGAAUCGGAAGUGUUCUUCCGCUGA